UUACUCCUUUUUAUUUUAUAUAAAGGUGUUGCUUGGAAGCUUACUAGGAGUCGCUAUAUCAUUGUGAGGAGUUAGUAGUUCAGUCGAUGAACAGGAUUGUGAUGCUCACUAAGCACUUAUGUAUCUCGAACUUCUCCAAAAAAAGGCCAACUUUUUUUCCCCCGCCGCUUUCAAUUUGAACCCCCCCACUGUGCCAAUUGUUCUGCUCAUCAACACCACCAGGAAAAGAGUUCAGCUUUCCCCCUCUUAGCUAGCUUUUUUUUUUUUUCCCACUGGGCUUCUGCCCCUUGCCGUUCUGUAUCGACAAAUCCUCUCCACUACUUAUCACCUUCAAUGUCGGAAGCUCAACCGCUCCAAACCUCGGGAUCACAAAGCCAAUCCCGUGGCGGCGGUGGUCGUCGUCGGGGUCGGGGAUUUGGAACCCGGGGAACUGGCCAGCCGGACCAUUCGAAUCCACAACAACUGACUGGCGGUUCUGCGAAAGGUCCACGAUCUCGAGGUGGUGGGCCGCGCCGCGGGGGCGGGGGUCGCGACAGGCAAUCUCGCGGUGCUAAUAGACCGGGGUCUGCUGGUGAAGGCGCUGGUAUACGGACCAACGGACCGAUGUCUUCGGAGACAGUUGCGGGGGGCGAAACGAAUGAGAGCAGAAAGGCCCCAGCGGAGGUGACAGAUGAUGCCGAUGAUGGAGAGGUCUGCUUCAUUUGUGCGUCCAAAGUUGACCAUACCUCCAUCUCGCCAUGCAAUCAUCGCACUUGUCAUAUCUGUGCGUUGAGGAUGCGCGCAUUAUACAAAAGCAAAGCUUGUGCGCACUGUCGGACGGAAGCCAGCUAUGUUAUUUUCACCGAUGACGCCACGAAGCAUUUCGAGGAGUUUACGGAUAAGGACUUUUCUCAAAAAGACGAGAACUUGGGGAUUAAGUACGAAAAAGAUGAGAUCUUUGAGGAUACAGUUCUUUUGCUGCGAUAUAACUGUCCGGACCGGGAUUGUGAUGUGGCCUGCCUAGGAUGGCCUGACCUCCACCGUCAUGUUAAGAGCAAACAUGGCAAGGUGAUGUGUGACCUUUGUACUCGAAACAAGAAAGUCUUCACGCACGAACACGAGCUCUUCACAGUUGCGGAGUUGCGCAGGCAUGAACGACAUGGUGAUGACAUCCCUGGCGCUCUUGAUCAAAGCGGAUUUAAGGGACAUCCCGAGUGUGGAUUUUGCCACCAACGAUUUUACGGGGACGACGAGUUGUAUGCUCAUUGUCGCGACCGCCAUGAAAGAUGUCAUAUUUGCGAUCGACGGUCCGGCAGCCGUCAACAGCAGUACUACAUCGACUACAACGCGCUAGAGGAUCACUUCCAAAAAGACCAUUUUCUCUGCAUGGAUCGGGAAUGUCUGGAGAAGAAGUUCGUCGUGUUUGAGUCGCAGAUGGACCUGAAGGCGCAUCAAUUGGAAAGCCACCCUAAUGGACUAUCGAAGGAUGCCAGACGCGACGCACGGACGGUGGACAUGUCCGCCUUUGACUUCAGAGCCCCAUAUCAGCCUCAACGACAGCGUCGUGGUGCUGGUCGCGGCCGCGAUCCAAAUGCCGAAGCUGCGCCGCUAUCAACAGUGCAGCCUCUUAGGCGAGACGAGAUUGCCUAUCAACGCCAGAUGGCCAUUCAGAGUGCGCAGUCCGUCUCCACGCGGAGCUUUGGUGGGCAACUGUCCCGAGACGAAACACAGACAGUGCAAGCUCCUCGAUCAGCGGGGCCUACGCCUGCUCGUACUCCCCCGGCUGCCUCAACUCCAGUCGCGGAGAUGGAUAACCUCAACCUCGGUUCUGGUACCCCGCAGGAUCAAGCCCGCCGUCUUCGACACACCACAGUUAUUGAACGAGCGUCGAACCUUCUUGGCAAUGACCAGAACAAAAUCAAUGAGUUCCGCACUCGAGUCUCAAACUAUCGCGCCUCCACAAUCUCCGCAACAGAACUUAUUGAUGCAUUUUUCUCCCUCUUUGAUACCUCCAGUUCCGAACUUGGAAAACUUAUUAAAGAGCUCGCAGAGAUUUAUGAGGAAGAGCCCAAACGGAGCUCGUUGUUAAAGGCUUGGAAUGACUGGCGUGCAAUCAAUGAGGAUUAUCCUGCCCUCCCCGGCCCAGGAGGCAUCAUCCCGGGCAUGUCACCCAGUACUGUCAGCGGCAGCGGGGCUGGUGGCAGACGCGUACUUCGCCUGAAGUCCUCAACUGCCCAAUCAUCUCGCGCGGCUGGCAGGAACAGCGUAUCAUCAGCUUCUAGCAAUCCCUUUCCACCCCUUUCUUCCUCUACAUCCCGUUCUAAGCCUGCUGCUACUGCUACUGCCGCUGCCGCUGCCGCUGCCGCUACACCCUGGGGUGGUGCUACUACAAUCGCCGCUCCUCCCUCAUCACGAACGUACGCCAAUCCAUCAUCCCGAUCUAAUGCUAAGCCUGCAUCCUCUGGCCCCGUAAAUACGGGCAGUGCAGAGGCCUUCCCUUCUCUGCCCGCAGCCCCCAAACCAAACGUUCUUAUGGCGGGUCUCACGCGCGGAACCGUCCGAUGGGACAACCGUCAUCCUGCACCGGGGAAUGCCUGGUCAUCCUCGGGGGGGGACGCUGGUCCUAGCUCGGCAGAGCCCGAUAUUUUCGGUCAAGGAACUGCAGACAAAUACAAAAUGGCGACCCUCCUCCCUCCGCCCAGUAAACGUCAAAAGACGGAGAUCGCCGAAAAGGCGCGUCUUCAGCAAGAUAUCCAGAGUAUCCCAGAUAACCUGGGAAGCAUCCGAGUGCAAUUCUUCGACCAGGCGACCGGCUCUGCGACAGGACCUGCGGUCUCGGUUCCGGUGGCCGACGCUACAGUAAAGAAUCUCGAGACGCUUCUGAACACAUUACAAGGCAAUGAAGAUGAUGAUGACCGAGUUCCGUAUCGAUUUACCUAUCAGUCCGAAGGAAAGGACAGCCAGACGAUCGAUAUCCUAGCAGACCUGUACCACUCCCUAUUGAAACCGGGAUUGAAAACCACAGAAGACACGGUCCAUCUUUACUUUACCCCACAGGCUGUUUUCCGCGUGAAAGCCGUCUCGCGAUGCUCUGCUUCUAUAGCCGGACAUGGUGAAGCGAUCCUCGCCACCUCAUUCUCUCCAGUAAAUUCCUCGACAAUGGUUACUGGCAGCGGAGACUCCACCGCUCGCAUCUGGGACUGCGACACCGGAACGCCACUACAUACCCUGAAGGGCCACACGAGCUGGGUGUUGGCGGUCAGCUACUCGCCGAACGGGGCUAUGGUCGCAACGGGAAGCAUGGACAACAGCGUACGGAUCUGGGAUGCGAAGAAGGGACAGGCGCUGGGCGCUCCUCUUAAGGGACAUGCGAAGUGGAUUACUAGCUUGGCUUGGGAGCCGUACCAUCUCCAGCAAUCGGGCAGCCCGCGGAUAGCGUCGGCUUCGAAGGAUUCUACAGUGCGAGUUUGGGAUGUCAUCUCGAAACGAGCCGAUAUCGUGCUCACAGGCCACAAGGGCUCAGUGACCUGUGUUCGCUGGGGCGGGACAGGCAAGAUCUACACCUCCUCCCAUGAUAGAACCAUCAAGGUGUGGAACUCGCAGAACGGAACCCUCAUCCAGACUCUGUCCGCACACGCCCACCGCGUCAACCACCUUGCACUAUCGACAGACUUUGUCCUCCGAACGGCUUUCUACGACCACACGGGGAAGAUUCCCGACUCCGAGGCCGAAAAGGUCGCGACGGCGAAGAAGAGAUUCGAACAAGCGGCCACAAUCAACAACAAGAUCGUCGAGAAGCUUGUCUCUGCAAGCGACGACUUUACCAUGUACCUAUGGGACCCGGAGAGUUCGAGCAAGCCAGUCGCCCGACUUCUCGGCCACCAGAAGGAGGUUAACCAUGUGACUUUUUCCCCUGACAUGGCGUACAUUGCUUCCGCUGGGUUCGACAACCACGUAAAACUAUGGAACGGCCGUGACGGAAAAUUCAUCACUACCUUCCGCGGCCACGUCGGCGCAGUCUACCAGUGCUGUUUCUCGGCUGAUUCGCGGCUCCUUGUUUCCUCAUCCAAGGAUACAACCCUGAAAGUGUGGAACGUGCGAACGGGGAAACUCGCCAUGGAUCUCCCAGGCCACAAGGACGAGGUCUUUGCAGUGGAUUGGAGCCCCGAUGGACAAAAAGUAGGCAGCGGCGGGAAAGACAAAGCGGUACGGAUUUGGAGGCAUUAAUAAAGUAGUACCAGUAACUACCACCCACACUAGAACCGAGUAGUAGUACGGAGUAGACCUACAUACAUACAUGCAUACAUACAUACAUACA